AUGAGGAAGAUGAUUUCGGAGGCCCCGAGAUCCUUCAUAGCACCUGAUGAUACCGAUGCCUCUAAAUCGACGAUCGAGGAAUUGGAACAGGCCAUACUGAUCGAGUAUCUACCGGACAGAAAGGCGAAUGAGCAGCUAUACCUCUACUUGGUAGUCUUCGAGGUAGCGGUAAGUGGUGUUCUGGUCCCCGAUGAAGAAGACAGGCAUCAAUCUAUUGCACAUGGCAUUGCAAAGGUAUAUCCUGAAAGCCACCAUGGGAUUUGUAUCUAUCAUUUGAAGCAGAACCUAAAGCGAAGGAAAGUAAAAAGUGAGGUCAUAAAACUUUUCCAAAGUGCCGCAAGAGUAUACAUGCACAAUGAAUUUGAUCUAUACAUGUCAGAUAUAGCAAAAGUUGAUAAGAAGACUUUUGACUACUUGAUGGAAGAACCACCGGAAAGGUGGGCACGUUCUUUUAGUCCACGACGAAGAUAUGACAUGCUCACAACAAACAUUGUUGAGUCAAUGAAUUCUGUGCUAUUAGAAGCAAGGGAGCUGCCUAUAUUAAGAAUGAUGGAUUUCAUCCAACUGAAGCUACAACAUUGGUUUUAUGAAAGAAGAAAUGAAGCAGAAGGAAAAUUUUAUGACGUUUCUUGUUGGGUAGAAGAGGAAUUGAAGAAAAAGAUAGAUUUAGCGUUUACUUUAAAUGUCUUCCCUGUUGAUUCAUGGCAUUCUAGAGUUGAAGAAGAAGGAAUUACUUUCUUGGUGGACUUAAACAAAAGAACAUGUGAUUGUUAUCAGUUUCAAUUUGAUGAAUUACCAUGUAUACAUGCAAUUGCAGCUAUCGAGAAGAGAAACAUCAAGAAGUCCAAUUUCUGCUUGCACUGGUACUUAAAGAAAUCUUGGCUGAAAACAUAUGAAAGACAAAUACAUCCUGUAGGACAUACUGAUUCUUGGAUUGUACCAGAGAGUGUUAAGUCACAAAUUAUUAAACCUCCAGAUUUCAAAGUGCUGCCAGGUAGAAGGCAGAAGAAAAGGCAUAUUCCAGCUACCGAGUCAUCAAAAAUAACAUUCAAAUGUGGUCGUUGCAGAAGAAUUGGUCAUAAUAGAACAUCUUGUAUAUAUUCUCCGGCAGUCCAUCUAUUUUCAAGGAAGCAUAGAGAAUAA